AUGACUUUCAAUAAAUCAGUUCUUUCUCUUCAUUUCUGUUUCUUCUAUUCCCUUUUCUUCUUUUUAGCUGCUUUAUUUUUUCUCUUUUUUCCCUUCCACCUUCAGUUACUUUCUUUUCCUCUCAUCUUUUUUAUCCUCUCAUUUACUCUCUAUUUGAUUUUUUCCCUCAUGUUUUCUUGUCACUCUUUGUCUUCUUUUUCACUUAUCUUCUUUCUCUCUGUCUUCCUCUUUCCUUCUCCCUCUUUGUCUUUUGCUCUCUUUCUCUUUCUUUCGUUGUUCUUCUUUAUCUUCUGGCCAUUAUUUUUUCACCUCCCUCUUUUUUUAUCCUUAUCACCUUUUCUCUUUCUUUCACUUUUUCUCUCUUUCUCUCACUUCCUCUUUAUCACUCUCUCUUCUUCUCUCAACCAGAUCUCUAAUCACACUCAGUUUUUCAAUUCACUCUUCUCCAUUUGUCAACUUACUAUUUCUUCAUCAGACCAAAGAUGCUGUUAUUUCCUUCUUCCCUUCCUUUCUAAUCUAUCUACUUAUAUAUUUAUCUCUCAUCUCUAUUCCUUCACAUACACAGUUAUCUCCCUUUCUUUCCAUUUUCUUUGUCUCUUUUACCUUUCUUUUCUCUUGUCUUUUCUUCCUUCAUCCUACCCACCUCCUUCCUUCAUCAGUCUGUGCAUGUUCCUGCAUACUUGA